AUGGGAACUGUCAAAGCAGGAUAUCUCAACAAACUAAGUAAGCCUUCUUAGAAGUGGUCGUUUUGAAGAGUUAUGAACGUGACAUCGGUAUAGUAAACCAGUGUACUAAUUUUCUUUCUAGGCGGAUUUUUUAAGAAUUCGUGGAAGAAAAGGUACUUCGUGUUGUACAAAGAUGGCGUGUUCUGUUAUUAUCAAGAUGCAAAAGACAAGGAAUGCGAUGGAAAAAUCCACAUGAAAACAGAAUGUCGACAAAUUAAAGUUGGCCAUGCUGUUGGAGAAGGCGUUAAACCUCCGAAAGACAGUGAAAUAAAUUCGAUGUUCUGUGUUUCUUCACCUGAAAGGACCUGGUAUCUCUACGCCAAAACAGAGAGUGAAGCCAGGUAAACUGCGUUUGUCUUUAACUUACUUGGGAACGGUCAAUAAUCUCCGUAGGAAAGUCCUGUUUAUUCCAAUUCCUUUCACCAGACGAGAAUUAACCAUUGGUGGGGUUCUACAAGCUGGGGCUGUUUAAUGCCCGAAUUUUACUUGCAAAACUAGAAGCGAGCGAUUCUCGUUGUAAUCGGCGAUUACCUACCCUGCUAGCAGAGUCGCUUCGUUCUUUCCUAGGAAGAUCCAUCGAGGGAGACUCUGUUCGUAGGGUAGCGAUUACCAUAUUUGUGUGCUGAAUUUUUAUAGAGAUGCUUUUUGUUCCCUAAAUGAAUUUAGAUUAUAUAUUGCCACUUUAAUACCACUUCAAUCUUUACGGUACAGUAUAUCAAAAAGAAAUAACCUUGUUUGUUUGUGUUAAUAUAAGGUGUACUGUAAUAUCACAACGUCUUCGCGUGACUAGAAUAUUUUAAGAACGCUUAUACGUUAGGGGCCGUCGACAUAUUCACUUUUUCCCCGCUUAACGACAACUGGGCGUUUAGGUCAGACCCCCCUCCUCAACGUCCACUUGAAAUUUUGCUGCCCCAAAAGUCACUGCAUUCCAGAAUGUUUAUUGACAUGCACUUAUAAGUGAGGAUGUCAACGGUAUGAACACAAUUUACUGCACAAUUCUCCAACCUAUUCUCUUGUAAAAUCUGCAUUAACUGCUUUUUCCUAUUGAUGCUUUUGAUUUCCUACUACACCACAGUAUUAAAGUAAGUAACUUUUAUUAAUGUGGUCAAAAUACGCUUAGCUCAUUACAGUAUUGCAAGUAUCGCUAUUUUGCAGGUACUGCCACAAAUAAAAAUAGCAAAAAGAGGAAAACAAAAACACUAAGAUACAAUAUAAAAUAUCUAUCUGCGAUAUUAAAAUCUGUGAAUAUGUCAGUAAAUAAAAACUAUGUACAGUUCAAUAAUAAUUACAAUAAAACUAUUUACAGAUCAAUAUAACUGAGUGACAUCAAUUUUUUUCAAGGGUCUUUUAAAGGUACUUAGUUUAGUCUCGCAUCUCAAUGCUUGUGCUAAUGAAUUCCACAUCUUUGGGGCCAGGUAUUGCCAAGAUCUCAAACUUUGCUUUGUAGGAGUUAACCUUGGGUAAAGUUAGAAUGUCUUUACCACAAAAAGAUUAUAGGUUGUUGAUCUUCGCAGUAGUAAAUCCUUUAGGGUUGAGGGAAUGUCAUUGUGUAGCACCUUAAAGUCACAGCUGGCAAUCUUUAUGAUUCUUUGAUCAUAUAAUGAGACAGUUCCUAGUGUCUUAAGUAAUUCGGUGGAAGAACUGCUUUGUCUUUAAGCACAAAGUGUGGAGCUUUUUUCGUUUACUUUUUCUAGUUUAUUGGAUGGGGUUUUGCUGCAGAUUUGCCACACGUCAGAGCAGUACUCAAAAUGGGGGUCAAUAAAUGUUUGGUAAAUGUUUUUGCUUAUCUCAAGAGGUAGAAUGUUUCUCAAACGUUUCAAUACUGCAAGCUGUUGAGAUACAUUCUCUUGUCACAUUGGUGAUCUGAUUAUCGAAUAUUUCAGCUUGUUGUCAAUAGUGACAACAAGGAGAGUGAGGUUUUCAUUAACUGGUAUUGUUGUAUUAUCACAAUGGAACUUUGAUUUUGGAGUUUGUAAGUUGCCCAUGACCAUAGCUUGAUAUUUUGAAUGGUUCUGUUUCAUCCCGUUUGCAUCACAUGAUGUCACUAAAAUUCAAACUACAAAACUGUCGAUGCUACUGUUAUUUUACUUUCAUGAUGUAUUAGGUCAGCUGAAAACUAAUUUUCAUACAAAUUUUUGCUUCAAAGGGGUUCUUGGUUUUGUGAUAGAGUACGCUUGAAUUUUUAAGCUUUUGCGUGACAUGACAUUUACAUGAUGGGCGAGAGAGCUGUCAUGUACGUUAAAAAAGUGACGUAUAUCGGGAAAUUUUGCUAUCUUAACAGUUCGUUUAUGUUACAUGUAUUAGAAAAAGUAUUACUUUAAUGUUUAUGAGUUCCUCAAGGAAUAAAUUCACGCUUUCGUACCAAAAUUCGGUAACAUAUGUUUGUUGGUUUCUGUCGGUCAUGUUGGUGCCCAUCCAGGUGGGCACCAGCUUGGCGUCUCCAUACAAAUCUCUAUAAAUUUGGGUAAACAUUUCUUCGAAUAUCUCAUAUACGCAAUAGUCUUCUGAAACUUGGCGAGGGUCUUUGUAUAUUUACCUCUAUUCUUUUCCCGGAUUCCGGACUUUAUCUAUUGAAUGGUUUUGAUUUUUAUUUUGAUCUAUUGUGAAUGGCAUGACACUGAAAACCAGCAAUUGAGUAAAACAGGCCCGAUUAUUGACCCCUGGGGCACCCCUGGUCAGUGUAAGUAAAGCGGUAUUGUUUGAUUUUUACGUGGACAUCCAGUACUUGAUUAUAGAGGUCAAAGCCAGAAUCACUGGUAUGUGGCCAGCAUGUUUUGAAAGGAAACUAACCAUAAUUUCUGGUAUUGUAAAACUUUAUUGGUGAUUUAGAAUAGAGUUUAAAAGAUUGCAAUGUAAAAUGUACAAUUGGUCCUGCAUUCUGUUAAAUGUGUUAUGAGCACCGUUCCACACAUGCUGUAAAGUUUAUGAAAGUGCAUCAGUUUGCUUUUAUCCAAAAUUGCUCUUCACUAACAUCCACUGCCUUACCCUCUCCCUCCCUAAACAUCCAGUUCAUGUUAAGCGGGGGAAAAGUGAAUAUGUCGACGGUCCCUUACCAUACCGGGUCAACCUUCCGUAAGUUACCAAUUUAGGUUAGGAGUAUGCGAGGAAUACCUAUUCAAAGAGGGGUGUUCUAAUAGUCCAUUGGACUUUCUAGUUUAAUACCUGGUGCUAUGUACCUGGAAGGUCAUGGAUUCAAUUCCUGCUGGCGUGAGGGCUUGGUUUUUUUUUUUUCAAUUGCUUCUUUAUACAUACUGUAAGUUCUCAAGUAAGGGCUUUGGGUGUUUUUUAAUUUGUUUCAAAUUUUCAUGGCUUGAAAUGCAUCAGUCAAUUCCAGGUGCACCCAUGCCCACCUGGGGCAGAGACAUUAUUAAAAGGCUUAAAACCCCACAGCGUGUACAAAAAUGGGGAUGCAAAUGCCUACCCCCAUGAUCAUCCCCAUAUAUAAACACACUGUACUGUGGCAGCCAUUUUCAUUCAUAUUUGCACAGCAGCUCAGAGACACUUACAGCAUUUUAAUGCGCAUUUGCUCAUUUCUGUAUGUCAUUUUUAUGUUAUUAUUUGUUAUAGAACAAUCCAAUGUUACAGUCAAGGCAGGUCAAGUUUUCCCCCCAAGAUUCUAUUAAUGAAUUGAUUAUUUGAAAAAAAUGAAUCCCUUAGUCGUUCCCGUAACCAGCGUGAAAUUCAAAUCGGCAUUCCUGCAUGUGUAAUGAGCAGUGAAUAUUUUACAAGGACUUCUCUGUAUAAUGGUCAGAUUUGCAAAUCUUUGAGUGGACAAAAUUGCCUUAAAGACGUUAACAUCAAUUCAGGGAAACUGAGCUGCUAGAAAUGUCAUAACUGCCUUACAUGUGAAUUCACAGCUCAUUACGCAUGCAAGAAUGCAGAGACGAAUCUGAAAUCUAUAACCACCAACAGAUUCAACUUAUGAAUAAUUCAUUAAUGGAAUCGUGGGGGUACGCUUGACCUGGCUUGACUGUAACAAAGACGUCAUCAACAACACCACUACCUGUAAAUACUCUUUUUAUUAUUGUUUUGUAGCUUGUUAGUAUAAUAAAUUGUUAAAAUAGUUGCUGUAAAGUUGGCUAAUUUAAAAACUGAAAUGAUAUUCUACAGUAACUAUGCAUCUGAAAAAACACUGAUGGGUGUAGCUGGAAUUGACUAAUUAUUUCAGUUUUCAAAUUGAUAGAUCUAAUAAAGUUUUGUUCUUCCACAGAGAAUGGAUUUCAGUUUUAGAACAAGCGAGGGUUCCAGUAUGUACUGAUUUUAUUGUGAUUUCCUUUAUUCUUACACAUUGCAAUCAUGCAUGUUGGCCUGUUUAAGGUGUUUAUCCAUGCUUUAUUGUAAAUCUUUGCUCUCUGUGGUGGGUACAUAAGUUGUUUUUUCUGCACUUUAAUUCUCAGCUUUCAUUUGGUGGUGCCCCUAAUCCACCAGGAGCUCCUUCAUAUCCACCUUACAGCGCACCAGGCACAUCUGGAUAUGGCCCUGUACCAAAUGCUGCUGCUCCGUAUCCUCCCCCUAUUGGUUUUAAUCCAUCUGUCAUACAUGGAGCACAAGCUCGUAAGAUGAAUAUUUUUUAUUGUUAUUUUUAAUUCAGAAAUAAAUAAAUAAAAUUAUUUGAAUUAAUUAUGAUAAUUACACAAAUAGUUCUUUCUAUAUCACAGUGCAUGUACAUGCAAUAAAAAAUUUUUUUUUAGUAUGAUGAUAUGGUAAGAUUAGCUUAAUAUUAUUAUUUCAUGUGAACAAAAGCUGAAAUCUGUACACCCCGUGGAUUCAAUGGUCCCAUUGUAAUCUAGAUUUAAAUUGGAACAUCAUCAUAGGUCUACCUGGAAGUUACAAAUGAGAGCCCAACCUACAGCACAUACUAGUAUGGCACAUCCAAGGUGGCAAUCCCCUGUUUCUGAAGUUGUGAAGCCUUUACCACUCUUUUUAUUGGUAUUUGAAAACAAACCUGCUAUUGAUUUUAGGGCUAGGGACAUUGUUUGGAUCAUGCAGGCUGUCAUUAAGCACUGAGGGCCACGGAUUUCCCUGGCUACUUUGAACAUGGCCCUUGGCUUCUUUCAUAGGUCAGGGGAAAAAAGGAAAGUUAAACCAAAAGAACCUCUUAACCUAGCCUUCCAAGCCAUCUUACUGACUACUAAUUGCAGAUACUCAGCUUACAACUUGAAAUCAUAGUGACAGCCCUGGGUCAUUCAUCCUUGUUUCAUAAGAAAGUCAAACAACUCAUUUUGAUAGUUUUGUAGUUCUUUCCCCCUCCUUCUCCCCUGGGGUCUCCUCUUCCCUUUAAUAGGUACAUGUAAACAGUUGAGUAACCAGUCUGAAAAUUGACUGACCAUUGUGCAUUUGAAAUCUACUUCCAUAGCUGGUCCUCCUCCACCAUAUUCUCAAGGACCUCCACAACCUCAAGCACCAUAUGGACAGCCACCACCUUAUCCAUCAGGUCCACCACCCCAAGGUUAUGCACCUUAUCCUCAGCCUCCCCCUGUACCGCAGCCUAACUACCCAACACAACCCCCAGGGAUGUACCCCCAUCAACCACCAACAGGAUACCCACAGCAAGUUCCAGGAGGCUACCCACAGCAACCACCUGGACAGUACUACCCUACCCCUCCCCCAGGACAUUACCCACAGCAACAGUACUACCCUGCUCAAAAUACAACAUAUGUUCAAGGUGGAAAGCCGCAGACUGUGUAUGUUCAGCAGCCACCCAAACAAAAUAAUGGUCGCAAAAACAUGAUGAUGGGAGCUGCUGCAGGAGUUGUGGGCGGGGCUGCAAUGGGUUAUAUGUUGGGACACACUGUAGGAGGAUUUGGACAUCAUGGUUUUGGGGGGUGGGGAUCAGAUCAUUCUUGGUCCUCAGGUGGGAGCUUUGAUUGCGACUUUGAUUGAAACUUUACUAUAUUAUUGGGUUGGUUGUUUUAAAAUAUGUUCUUAGGGUAUAGGAAAGUCAGGGUGACAGUGAUGGGAAUUAAUAGGCAAAUCUUUGCCGAUGUCAUUGUUUACAUUUUUCAUUAUUUAGCAUAUGAUGAAAGGCCGUUUAUACCAACUAAAUUCAAAAGUUGAAAGAGCACAUUAUCUUGAGCAAUUUGUGCAAUUUUCAGCUCUUUCCAAGCAAUACUGAAGGAAAUAUCAGCCAUAAAAAAACGGCGAAAUUGCUAGGUGGCAAAAAAGUUAAUGAGCCAUACAUUCUUUGUAAAAUUUGGAGUUUUUAAAAAAGAAUUUCUCCAAAACCAUUAUUUGGUAUAUCGAGGUCAAUUUUUCAGAGAUAACUGAUUAUUGUUAUUCUCUUUCAAUAUGCAGCCGGUUUGUUUUAUUAUAGCUCCAUAAGAUAGUGAUAAGCAUAUGUUAAUGAGGCAAAAAAUGUAAACAAAGAUUCGCCUAUACUCUGUUGGCUUCAAUGGCCCAAAUAGCAAUAACCUGUGGUUUUUAAAUAAACCUAUGGAUGUUUUUGUUAACCGUCUUACUUUGUCAUAAUGGGAAAGUUAAGAACUGGAGAAACGGCAUCACUAUCAGAAA